AUGGUACCCGACCCUAUUCCCACUGAUGAACUCAUCUUCUGGAAAGAAUGCCUCGUUGAAGAUCCUGCUACCGGCCUGCAACGGCCCCGCAACUAUAUGCAAUCGCUCGAGUCUCGCGUGGCAUAUCUCGAAAGUCUCUUGCAGCAGGUCCGCCCCGAUGUGGCGACAGACCACUUUGCCCUGUACCGCGACGGGGAGGGGCUGGGUGUUCCCACCGCUGGCGGAGAGGCGGCUUCGGAUGUGCCUCAGAUGCUUCAAGACCAGCCCUUCCAGAGCGAAGUAGGCCUCCGGCACCGCGCACAGUCUGCCGAGGCCGAUGAGCAGAAUGUCGACCAGCUCUCGUCCGAAGUGGCGCUCCUGUGUAUUAGCGCCGCCGGUCGCGAGCCGCACUACUUCGGCCCUUCGUCGGCCGUGUCGUUCUCGCGCAUUGUCAGCGCCACCAUGGGACUUCCGCGCAACGGCGGCACCUCACGGCCCAGCGUCACAAGCGAGCCGGAGACGGAGGAUAAGACCCAGCAACGGCAGCAGCCACGCGAGUUGAAGUUCCCUUCCGCAGCUGCAAGGGCAAAGCUCACUAGGGCAUACUUCAACAAUAUUCAUCCGCAGUAUCCGUUUCUGCACCAGCCAACAUUCUCCGCUUGGGAAGAGGCGUGUGUCAUCGCUCUCGAGUCCGACCCGACCAAAGUGAAUGCAGUGGCCCUGUUCUUUGUGCUAAUGGUCUACGCGAUCGGGUCGAUGGUCUUGGGUCAAGCCCAGAGGGAAGCAGCACAGUUGUAUUAUUCUCUGGCCUUGGAUCACAUAUCUGCGGUUCUCGAACUGGAUGGCCUAGAGUCCAUCCAAGCUAUCCUCUGUUGUGCUGUUUACUCCAUACGGUCGCCGGUUGGCGUGAGUCUAUGGUCAGUCUCUGGCAUGGCGAUCCGCCACUGCAUCGAUCUCGGGUAUCAUCGUAGUGCAGAGACCUUUCGCCGGCAUGCCGACCCUUUGACCAAAGAGAUGUCGAAGAGGUGCUUCUGGGUUGCCUACGAUAUCGAUCGCGCCGCAGCAUUCAUUCUCGGUCGCCCGGUUGGUUUGCCAGAUGAUGCGAUUGAUGUUGAAUUUCCUCUGGAUAUCGACGACGAGAACAUCACACGACAAGGACUGCGACGGGAUCCGCGCACAUCGCCCUCGGAUCCUCCCACGUUGAUGACCGGCGCAAUCCAUGAGUUCAAGCUUCGACGGUUCUGGACAAAGAUCGCAGACAUCCUUUACCCUACCACUUCGCAACGGCUUGGCGUGAACAAGCAGAAAGGCUCUGUCGAGGGCUUGCGCCAGGAGCUUGAAGAAUGGUUCUCAACAGCGCCCUGUCGUCUUGAUUACUCCAAGUCGCAUCCCUUAUCAGUGUUCACCUCCAGUCUAUGGUUUCAGCUGGCUUACGACCACAGCAUUCUUCUCUUGUACCGGCACUAUAUCGACGGGACAGCGAUGAGAGAGCAGCAAGACGACCCUGCCUUUGGCGAGAUUACCGAGAAGGCCUUUGAAGAGUGUGCACUCCGUGCUCGAGAGAUGUGCUUGCUGUAUCGCAGGGUCUACCAGAGCCCGACAGUUCAGUUCACAUGGGGAAGUGUGCACAUUCUGUUCACUGGAGGACUCACAUACCUGUAUUGUCUCUGGAAGUCGAAGCGCGUCCGGUCCAUGGCGAAGCAAGCCGACGUCAUCAACACCUGCCUCGCGUGCACCACCGUCCUCAUUAUCAUCGCAGAACGGUGGAAUCUCGCCACAUCUUACCGGGACAUCUUCGAGGUUCUGUCGCAACGCACCAUCUCCAUGGUUUGUGGAGGCGACGGGUCAGCGGGAUUCUCCGAGGGGCCGUUUAAUGGCUUUCAAUCGAUGUCGAGCCACACCCAACACCUUGUCGAGACCGACCCUCCGCCGCUCCAGGAUUGGAUCAUGGGCCUGGACGACAUGAACAUCCCGCAAGACUCUAACUGGCUGGUCCAAGAGCUUCUGCAGGGAGUACAGCAGUUUCAACCCGACGAGUUCUAUAACGAUCAAGAUCCUUCGACCGCGCCAAAUAUUCUAACGCAAGGUUUUGAUCCCACGCUUAUGGAUGGGAAUGACAUGCAAGGGUCCUCAUUCGAGUCACACCAACUGGGUUAG